UCCGUAGCCAUUUUGGCUCAAGUCCGCUCGGGCGACCGCGGCGCGGGCGGCUGAGAGGUGGCGUCGGGGGGCUGCCCGCCAGGGAGGCGGCCCAUGCGCGUGGAGGGUCAGGCCCGGCUCGGUGCCACAGCGGCGCGGCGCGAAGCGAGACGCAGGCGGCUGAUGGCUUGUGAAGCUGGUCUACGCCGAGCUCUUGGGGACAGGGGCGGAGCCGGGCCCGGUUCGUGGAGGGAUCGCGAGGCGGCAUCCCGCCCAGCCGUGAGAACGGCGGCUGCAGGAAGGAGAGUAUGUGGGAGCUCCCGACUUCGCCGCAACGUGGCGCGGCAUGCUGCUCAGCCGCCAGCCUGCGGGUUUGCACGGGCCUCGAGGGCGGCCCUCACGUUGGCGGCAACGGGGCCACGGCUGGCGGCCUCUGGCGGGGGCGCGUCUGGGCCCGUGUGCGAGGAGCUGGAGGUGCAGAGGCAAGGAGCAGGCGGUGACGCGGACAGAGAGCUGCAGCCCACCGCGGAGGUUUGGCAGCCGCUCGCGGCGCGCCCGUUCCAGCAGCUGCAGCCCCAUGCCCCAGGCCCGAUGCCCCAGGGGUCUGGUUCGUGCGCGACUAGGUCGUCGAAGGCCGCGCGCUGGCAUCCGGGCAGGGCCUGGAAGCUGGAUGGCGGCUGGCGGCUGGCGGCUUUCGCUCGCGAAGGCAGUGGCUGGGUCCAGUCGAGCGCGGAGGACGACGUCUUCGUGGACCCUCCCGCUUCCCCUCCUGGGCCUGGCCUGGACAGGAGCGUCACCCACCGCGUGCAGGAGGAUUGCGAUCGCAUGGACUUCGAGGUUGUCGGGGUCGUCCGCGACGCGGAGGGCAUUGGCUUCGGCGAGGAGGAGACGACUCGUCAGACGAUGACUCUUCGGAGUUGCAAACGCGGGAGGAGUACGAACAGGAAGAAGCCGAGGGCGAGUUGGUGAGCGGCUCCUUCGGUCCUCAGUCGGGGGCCGAGGCGGAUGCCGAGCUCAGCGGCCUCGUGUUCGGCAUCCUGGAGGGAUUCGACUUCUCCAUGCUCCACUACGUCGACCCCUGCUACGAGCUACUCAUCAGAGCGGUAUCCACUCGCCUGGAGGUCAUGGGCGUUGCGCGGUCGCCCUGGACUGAUUGCGGGGUUCAGGCCUUCGUACGUGGUUGCGUGGGGGGGCGCGGGCGCGAGGAAUGCGGGCCCCAGGAGGGCGAGCCAUGGCCAUGAGUGGCUUGCCCCUGGGUGUCCCGCCAGUGCCGAGCAUGCUUGAAUUUGACGAGGACGCCCGCGCGCCUGCGAAGAGUUUUAAACAAUGCCCGACGCCGUAGUCAGGAGCAGUUCGCGCGCUGUUCGAUCGCGUCCCAGCCAGCCGGCCAAGCAGCAACGGCGUGAGGCAGAGGGCGGAGGAGAGGAGCACCCGCCGCCGCUGCCGCGGCCCGUCCCUCGCCGCGAGCGGCCAGCUCCGUGCCGGACUCCGAUCUUGGUCGGACCGCGCCCCCAGAGGAGUCCGCGGAUCAAGUAGUGGCAAAG